AUGGCUUCGCAGAAUGUCUAUUCGCAGGACCAGUUCAUGAAUCCUGGCCCUGCUCCCCGUCCUCCUAGUGCCCGUCCUCGACUCAACACUGCGUCAACCGUGUCCACCACCUCGAGCAUUCCAACUAGUUUUAGCCAAAUGUCCCUCAAUUCUCCGUCCACGCCAACCCUUUCCAUAUUCCCCAAUUCCAGCACGCUAUCUUUGAGCCAGAAGAACGGGCAAGGGGGUGUUGCUGUAAUCAAAGAGGGCUAUGUGCGCUGCAAAGAAGAUAAGUUUUUGGCGAGCUGGAACCAGAGAUAUCUUGUUCUGCGCGAGUUUAAAUUGGAGUUUCUGAAAAAUGAGACCGGAAAAGUGGUAUUGUCGAUUCAGCUUAAUAAUAUAACCAAUGUCACUCGUUCGGAGGACACGAGGAUGGCCUUUGAGAUUACCCGCCUCGCGAACCCGAAAGAUGCUAAUAACCGCGUUACGCUUGCAAAUCGAGAUGUUGCGACCAAAACCAUCACCUGUGAAGUCCGAAGCGAUGAUGAGAUUUAUGAAUGGAUCGACAAGAUCUACGAACGCUGCCCAGGUAUGGGCGGGGUCAGCAACCCGACUAACUUCAGCCAUCGUGUGCACGUUGGGUUCGAUCCGCAUACCGGUGCCUUCGUCGGCCUUCCAGCUGAAUGGGAGAAGCUCCUGACAGCAUCGGCUAUCACCAAAGAAGAUUAUAAGAAAAACCCCCAAGCAGUCAUUGAGGUCCUUGAGUUUUACUCCGAUAUCAAGAUGCGUGAACAGAACCCUCAGUAUUACCAAGGUAUAGGCCAGGAAUACUCGUCUAGCCAGCGCUCCGCGCAAUCUUCUCCGGGGCAGCGACCUGUAGUGCAGCGCAAUGAGCCCUCCCAGUCUCAGCGGCAACCCAACAACAUGUCGCCAACAUCGUCACCCGCAUCGAUGCGUAAACCUUCAGAUGCUGCUUAUGCGGCAUACCAGCCAGAACGCCCGAAAGAGGCUCCAGAUGCUGAACAGCGACGCCGAAUGGACGAGGAAGCACGUCGUAUUCGGGAGAUGCAGCGCCAACGUGAGGAAGAACAGAGGCGUCGUGAACAAGAAGCAUAUAACGCUUCAAUCCCAAAGAAUAUCACGCCAAUUGCACAGCAAGAGUUAGGCGGAUAUGGUGGCGGUCGGCCCGAGUUAUCCAACAACAGAUUCAACCCUUCACGCCCCGCUCCAAGUGUUCCUAAUGCGACUCGUGCUCGUCAACAGGGCCCAGGGCCGUUCAAACCGAUUACCGCUCAACGCGCUGCACCUUCGACCCCCAAGACUGGAACGUCGGCUCCGAUGAACACAAGAAUGAACGAAGCCGCGAACGGCCAGGGAUCUCUACGCUCUGCCCCUCGUGCUGAUGCUGCUCGUCAGCCGACAGCAGACCGGUAUGGCGCAGAGAAGCGUCCCAACCUCAACUCUCCUGGUCAGCCUCCUAGCCGACUUCCUGCCCCUGUCCAGGCUGUGAAACCACUCAACAUUGCAAACAAAACAAAGCCAGAUCCGGUCCGACAAGCAGAGGCAGCAUUAACCAAGAAAGCUGAGCCCCGCCACAAGGACGUGCGGAUGUCCACCAUGUCAGAGGGAGAAGUCAUGGAGAGGUUGAAGCAGGUCGUAUCCAAAGAGAAUCCAAACGAAUCGUAUAGUAAGCAACGUAAAAUCGGCCAGGGAGCUUCGGGCUCCGUAUAUGUUGCGCGUAUCAAGGAAACCGCCUCGUCACCUGUUGCUCGUGAGCUAUACCGUACUCAUGGCCCCAGAGCUCAGGUUGCCAUCAAACAGAUGGAUCUUAAGAGCCAGCCACGCAAGGAACUUAUUGUUAAUGAAAUCAUCGUGAUGAAAGAUAGUCAGCACCCUAAUAUUGUGAACUAUCUGGAUUCAUUCCUGCAGGAGCAAAACAAUGAGCUCUGGGUUGUUAUGGAGUAUAUGGAAGGCGGACCUUUGACUGACGUGAUUGACAACAAUGCCCAUAUCCAAGAGGAUCAGAUUGCUGCGAUCUGUUAUGAGACUUGUAAGGGACUGGCACAUUUGCACAGCCAGUCAAUCAUCCAUCGUGACAUCAAGAGUGACAAUGUCCUGCUUGAUCGUGUUGGAAAUGUGAAAAUCACCGAUUUCGGUUUCUGUGCCAAACUCACUGAAUCGCGAAACAAGCGUGCAACCAUGGUGGGAACACCUUAUUGGAUGGCUCCAGAAGUAGUGAAGCAAAAAGAAUACGGACCACGAGUGGACGUCUGGUCUCUGGGCAUCAUGGCCAUUGAGAUGAUUGAGUCAGAACCCCCAUACUUAAACGAAGAACCUCUGAAGGCCUUGUAUUUGAUCGCUACCAACGGCACUCCAGAGCUUAAGAGACCCGAGAAAUUGAGCAAGGAGCUGAGGGCAUUCCUUAGCAUUUGCCUUUGCGUUGAGAUACACUGCCGAGCUACCUCGGAAGAACUGCUCAAUCAUGAAUUCCUGCGCACUGGCUGUAGUACUGCUCGCCUUGCAGAGCUUCUCGCUUUUAAGAAAAAUGCUAAUCAGUAA